GUUCAUCUAUCUUGCUCAGAAUCCUGUUCAUUCUCCUGAUUCCCUGCAUUCGAUGGUUCAAGCGCUUUCAGAUUUUCACGCAUUCAAGGAUGCUAUCAUCGAUGCCGAGGCAAGGAGGGGAAAGAAGGGUGUUAAAGAAGAUUUUUUCAUUCCGAAACUCGAGCUAUUGCAAAGCUUCCAAGGCACGGUUGAGAGACUGGGCACGUUGAUGCAGUUUUCGGCUGAUAUGACAGAGCGCUUACUCAUCACACACUUGUGUACGGAUCCUCAAUCGCCAGGAGUCCAUGGAACUAUUUAACCUGUACGCGCUAUUCUAUUCUCGUGGUGCAUCACUCGUCAAUGCCAUACACAUUGAAGAUGAAGAAGUGACAACCGUUAAUCCAGCGCUUUCCUGGGUUUCUCAUGUUCUCCCUGAUGAAGCGCACUCUGUUCAUGGACCUCAGCCAGUUCGGAAUCAUUUUCUUAAGGGCAUUCUUUCUGAAGAUGCUCUCACCGCCUUCCAUUUAACUUCGACACCAGAUUUCAAUGCUCUAACACCCGUCAGUAUUCAGACCAAAUAUUCACUUCUUGACUUCGAUCACGCGCUCUCUCGGUUUAUUGAUCAGCUAUCCCUCUCCACUGGCGAGCAUACCCGCUGGGACCACAGAUAUGGACGCUUUCGCACAUGGAAUAAAUUUCGACUACAGCUUCACUCUGCUUUUCAGUCACGAGUCAUCAUGCCGAGCAGGGUGGUACAAGCAUACCCACCGAGUGAUGCAUUCCCCCUUGGAAAUUGCGAUAUUGUCCUAAUCAAUGUCAUGGGUGGUGACGGCCAAACUACCAGUCGUGUUGCACAAGUUCGCCUUAUUUUUCAGCCAAAGAUUCCGCAAGCUUCGAACCUAGUGUUGCCGAUGUUCCUCUCCAGUCCACUCCUUUACGUCCAAUUCUUCCAUUUCGUCGCUAAUCCCAACGAUCGUCCAGAACUCGCAAUGUGGACGGUAGAGCGCACAUACAUGAUGGACCAACAUGGCGAACGCUAUAGGUGUGGUGGUGUGGUGUCAUUGACGGAUGUAACACACACUGUCGAAUUGAUACCAGAAUAUGGUAACAAGGUGGACGAGAAGAUUUCUUCGGCCACCUCUUUGGAGAGCUAUGAUCGGUUUUUUCUGAACAGCUUCACUGAUAAGGAAAGUUAUCAUACAUUUAGUACAGAGUUCACAUAGACAUGUCAGUAGCUCAUCUUAGUAGUGACAGUGCC